GGAAGAAAUUUGUAUAUGUUGAGCCAUCUAGGAGAGUUAAAGAAAUACUUGAAGAAGAGCUUUGUUUUUGGAAAGAAGCGUGCCAUGUUAAACAUCCAGCUGCAGUGGAUCUGGAAGGAAUUUGGAGUAUGAAAAAGAAUUUCUCCAUUGGAAGCUUGAAGCCAGUGUCGGAGAACGGAAACGGUUUACUUUUACAGCCUCAGUUCUACUCAAGGCAUACAGGAAUGAAAAUGAAAUGCAUUGACUUUGUAGUGGAAG